GGCAGUGUUGGGGACGGCUGCGGGGAGCGGCUCCGUAGGCGGGAACGUGGUUCCUCCUCCCACCUCUCCCGCCCCAGAAGAUUCAAAAUGGAUAGUAUAGAAGAACCUCAGAAAAAAGUCUUUAAGGCUCGUAAAACAAUGAGAGUAAGUGAUCGUCAACAACUUGAAGCAGUAUAUAAAGUCAAAGAAGAACUGUUGAAAACUGAUGUCAAGCUGUUAAAUGGCAACCAUGAAAAUGGAGAUUUGGACCCAACCUCACCUUUGGAAAAUAUGGACUAUAUUAAUGACAAGGAAGAGGUGAAUGGCAUUGAAGAGCUUUGUUUUGACCCUGAAAAAAUUAAAUCAGAAUGGAAAGAAACACCCUGUACCUUAAAUGUUAAUGUAAAAAACAAGCAGGAUGAGGAUUUAAAUAGUGAACCUUUGUCUCCCAAUAAUAUAACUCCUGAAUUAGCUUCUAAAUUGACUGCUGAACCAACUUCUGGUGAUCCAGCUGUUGGUGAUCUGACUACUGGAGAUCCAGUCUCCGGAGAUUUGGCUUCUGGAGAGCUGGCCUCUGAAUUACUAUUAAACUCUGGUAAUCCAACAUCUGGUGAUCCCACAUAUGAUGAUCCCCCCUCUGAUGACACCCCCUCUGGUGAUCCCACCUCUGGGGAUCCCACCUCUGGUGUUCCUACUUCUGGUGAGCCAGUCCCUGGGGAACCAGUCUUUGGUGAAACAGUCUCUGGUGACCCCGUCUCUGGUGAUCUGGUUUCUGAUGAAGCAAUCUCUGGUGAGCCUGUCUCUGCUGAACCAGUCUCAAGUGAACAAACCUCAAAAGAACCCAUCUCCAGUGACCUAGUCUCCAGUGAUCAGGCCUGUGAUGAUUCAGCAUCUGGUGAUUUGACCUCUGGAUCAUCAUCCUCUGAUAAUCCAGUCUCUGGUAAUCUGACCUUCAGUGAUCUAGCCUCUAGUGAUCUGGCUUCUGAUGAACCGAAUUCUGAUAAACCAAUUUCUGAAUCAGCCUUUGAUUCCACCUUUAAACCAAGUUCUGUACCAGUUUGUGACCCAGCUCCUGAAACUGACAGCACAGAGCCCAGUAGCAAUAAAGGUGAAGAUUCUCUUGAAAAAAAUGGGGAUGAUGAAAAAUUAGAUCAAAGUUUCACAUUUGGAGAAAAUAAAGCUGAUAGUAAUAUUGAUGCUGGGGAAGAAACUCUCAAAACGGAUGAUAGAAUUAUAGGUUCAGAUCUACCUCCUGAAAAUGAAAAGAAAGUAGAGGAAAAUGCUAUCACAGAGCCUGCUCUUGGAGAAGAAGCUAUAUCAAGCAGUAUGGAAGUUGACCAAAGUGAGAAGAAUGACGAUGAAAAUUCUGCAGACCUUGAAGAAACGAUUAGUGAAAAUGUUAUAAAAAAUGACAAAAGUGAGAAUAUCUUAGAAAAUACAGAUUCUAUGGAGACAGAUGAAAUCAUUCCUAUUUUGGAGAAGCUUGCACCUGCUGAAGAUGAACUAACUUGCUUUUCUAAAACUUCUCUCCUUCCAAUUGAUGAGACAAAUCCAGAUUUGGAAGAAAAAAUGGAAGGGUCUUUUGGUUCACCAUCUAAACAAGAAAGUAGUGAGAGUUUGCCAAAAGAAGCCUUUUUGGUCCUUUCUGAUGAGGAGGAUAUUUCAGGAGAAAAAGAUGAGUCUGAAGUGAAAUCACAAAAUGAGACAUGCUCUCCAGAAGUAGAAGAAAGUAAUGAAAAGGAUGACAAACCUGUAGAAGAAGAGCAAGUAAUACAGGAAGAUGAAAGGCCUUCUGAAAAAAGUGAAUUUUCCAGAAGAAAACGUUCUAAAUCAGAAGACAUGGACAAUGUGCAGUCCAAGCGCCGUCGAUAUAUGGAAGAAGAAUAUGAGGCAGAAUUUCAAGUGAAGAUUACAGCCAAAGGAGAUAUAAACCAGAAAUUACAAAAGGUUGUACAAUGGUUGCUGGAAGAAAAAUUGUGUGCGCUGCAGUGUGCUGUAUUUGAUAAGACUUUGGCAGAAUUAAAAACUCGAGUGGAAAAGAUUGAAUGUAACAAGAGGCAUAAAACAGUCCUCACUGAACUACAGGCCAAGAUAGCCAGGUUAACUAAACGCUUUGGAGCAGCCAAAGAAGAUCUUAAGAAAAGACAAGAAAAUCCACCAAACCCACCUGUAUCACCAGGAAAGUCUGUAAUUGAUGUCAACAGCAAUAACAAUGCAUCCUACAGAAAUGUAACCACAGUGAGACAGAUGCUGGAGUCCAAAAGAAAUGUAAGCGAGAGUACACCAUCAUCAUUUCAGACCCCUGUGAAUACAGUAUCUUCAACCAGUCUUGUUACUCCUCCAGCGGUUGUUAGUGGUCAACCUAAAUUGCAUACUCCAGUGACUUCAGGUUCUCUGACAGCAACAUCAGUUCUUCCUGCACCCAACACAGCUACAGUAGUUGCUACGACUCAGGUGCCUAGUGGAAAUCCCCAGCCUACCAUCUCUUUGCAACCUUUACCAGUGAUCUUGCAUGUACCUGUUGCAGUAUCCUCCCAGCCUCAACUUCUGCAGAGUCAUCCAGGGACUUUAGUGACCAAUCAACCAUCCGGCAAUGUUGAAUUCAUUUCUGUGCAAAGCCCACCUACAGUGAGUGGUCUUACCAAAAAUCCAGUAUCCUUGCCAUCCUUGUCAAACUCCACUAAACCAAACAAUGUUCCUUCUGUGCCCAGUCCCAGUAUUCAAAGGAACUCUCCUGCCAGUGCUGCACCAUUGGGAACAACACUUGCGGUACAAGCUGUUCCAACAGCACACUCUAUUGUACAAGCCACAAGGACUUCUCUACCCACAGUGGGCCCCUCAGGACUUUAUAGUCCCUCAAAUAAUCGAGGUCCUAUACAGAUGAAAAUUCCAAUUUCUGCUUUUAGUACUUCAUCUCCUGCAGAACAGAGCAGUGCUACGACCCUAAGAAUUGAAAACCAGACAAACAAAACAUUAGAUGCUUCUGUUAAUAAGAAAGCAGCUGAUAGCACAUCACAGAGUGGAAAGGCCACAAGCAGUGAUUCAGGUGGUGUUAUUGAUCUCACAAUGGAUGAUGAAGAGAGUGGAGCUUCACAAGACCCUAAAAAGCUCAAUCAUACUCCUGUAUCAACCCUGAGUUCUUCGCAGCCUGUGUCUCGACCAUUGCAACCCAUCCAGCCAGCGCCACCUCUUCAGCCAUCUGGGGUGCCAACAAGUGGACCAUCUCAGACAACCAUACACUUACUACCUACAGCUCCAACCACCGUGAAUGUAACACAUCGUCCAGUAACUCAGGUGACUACAAGACUCCCUAUACCAAGAGCUCCUGCAAACCACCAAGUGGUUUAUACAACUAUCCCAGCACCACCAGCUCAGGCUCCCCUGCGAGGAACUGUUAUGCAGGCUCCUGCUGUUCGGCAGGUCAAUCCCCCAAAUAGUGUCACAGUUCGAGUGCCUCAAGCAACUACAUAUGUUGUAAACAACGGACUAGCCCUGGGAUCAACAGGACCUCAGCUCACAGUGCAUCAUCGACCACCGCAAGUGCAUACUGAGCCCCCACGCCCUGUGCAUCCAGCACCCUUACCAGAAGCCCCACAACCGCAGCGUCUGCCCCCAGAAGCUGCCAGCACAUCUCUGCCUCAGAAGCCACACUUGAAAUUAGCACGAGUUCAGAGUCAAAAUGGUAUUGUACUGUCAUGGAGUGUCCUGGAGGUGGAUCGAAGCUGUGCCACUGUUGACAGCUACCAUCUCUAUGCUUAUCAUGAGGAACCCAGUGCCACUGUGCCCUCACAAUGGAAAAAGAUUGGAGAGGUAAAGGCACUUCCCUUGCCCAUGGCAUGCACUCUCACCCAGUUUGUAUCUGGCAGCAAAUACUACUUUGCAGUACGAGCCAAGGAUAUUUAUGGACGUUUUGGACCUUUCUGUGAUCCUCAGUCAACGGAUGUGAUCUCUUCAUCCCAGAACAGUUAAAACCUUGGAGCCUUUAUCUCUUCCACUUUCAGAAGUUCCACUUUUUUGGUCUUGUUUUAAUCUUGUGCAUGAUACCCAUUGUAAAAUCCAUAUUGUGCAAGAUUUCUUGGACAGAUGUGUAUAUACACUACAUUUGUUUAUAAUCAGAGGUAAAAUAAACUCAGCCCAUAAAGGGAGAAUUUUCCUGGACAAUUCAAGCUUCAAAGUUGGAAAUGUAAAUGUGCACCUUGCUUUAGUUUUGACGUUGGGGAAUAUGUGUGGGUGUUUUUGUGUGUUUUUCCCUAUUUAUAUGUUUAUUGCAGUGGAAUCUCCCAUUUUCAUUCUCCAAUUUACCUCUUCUGGUAUGAAGUAAGUAGAUGAUCAAAGGAUCUGAGGUAUGUAACUGGCAUGAUUCUGCUUCUAAGGGAUCUGGAGUUUCAUAGUUAAAUGAUUUAAACGGAAUCUAAACAAAACCCAAAGAAAUAAAUAAUAAGCAAAAUUACUAAAUAGUUUUAAACAGGUUAAUUUGAACACAGGAAAGGAUUUGUUUAUCUUUUCUUUUGUCUCUUCUGGGUUGUUAAGUAGGCAAAAAAGAUCUGCAUCACCCCCUCCUUUUCCUCCUUUUCCUGAUCUGGCUUUUACAUUUAUUUUGUGCCUUAAAGAUUAACUACAAAAGUAAACAGGGCCACUUGUCCAUUGUGGUUUUACUGCUCACUUUCAGCCUUUCACCUUCAUUUCUCCUUCAUCUCCACCAACUAUAUAGCAUACUCCCCUGAAAUAAAAUUUAAACUAAGGCUUUUAUAUAAAUAUGUUCAUCACUUCAUUUAACUUCCCAAAUUUUGACUUGCUGUUUUCUUCUAAAAAUAUAAAUGCUUUUAUUUUUGAUCACUAUUUAACUGUGUGUAAAGGUGAUCAAGAGAAGACCAUACUGUGUAAGAAAAUUUUCUUUCAAACAUAUUUUAGUAUCUGUGUUGCACACUGUGUUAGAAAUUAAGAAAGCAAUUCUAGUUUACAUGAUCACCCAAAGCGUUCUUUCAAAGGAAGUAAUUAGUAAAGUUCACUAAAUACAGGAGGCUAAACGAUCAAAGGGAAAUCUCUCUUUCCUCUUUAUUCUUUCAUCAUUUUUCCUGUUUUCUUUCACCUUUUGUUUUGAUGGUGCCAACAUUUGUCUGUGUUUACCCUAUGUCAGCUUUGAAUGGAACUUAAAGUAUAUACUUGGGAUCAUUUUAUAUGACAAUAAGAUAACAAUUUUCUGUGCAUCUCUUUGCCUCUUCAAAGUUAACCCAAUUUUGCUUAGGUCUUUCUUGGAUUUUCAGUUUGGUUGCCAGCUAUAUUGGUAUCAGGUAGGUGUUUGAGUGUAGAUAGUUUAGGAUAGGAAAGCUGGGGUAAUUUGGGAGAUGAGAGUGUGGUUGGAAAUAUUUUGAAAAGAAUUUUUGAAGUUUGUGAAAUAAUUUUUCAAGUCAUCUUCCCUUGCCAUCUUUGAAUUCUUAUUUCUACCCUGUCAUUAAUUUUUCCUGGAAUUACAGGAGGAGGCUAUCCCUUUUAUUAAUGCUGCUUUGUUUUAUAACUUUGAUGACUUGUAGUCAGAAGCAUUCUCCCCAUACAAAAACUCUCUUUAGAGACUUCCACUAGUCACUGUGCUGUUAUGCUAGGUGUAAUGUUUGAAUGAUGCUGAAGAAAGCAUACAGAUUGCCAAAAUGUAAAUGCUUCCUUUCACUUUCAGAAAGUGAGAUCACAAUGAGAAUUAAAGUUUCCAUGAAUCAAAUUUGCCAACAAACUAUAUAGGUGUUACUCAUUCAAGGACUAAUGAUGAUGGUCAAGACAUUCCCAAUGUCAUGCCAAUGAAAAUUUAAAAGGCAAAAAAUUGAUGAUCUUCCAGAUGUCUCUGAACACCUAUCUGUAUCUGCAUGUAUAUAUGUUUUUCCAGCAGUGGUUGCAAUAUUGAUAAUUAAUCUAGAUCAUUCCUGUCUACAAGGGAAAGCCCAUGUUCAAAAUUCUUUAUUGGCCUGUUUUAUGGUCACGUAGUAACAAUUUGUUUACCAAGUGUAGAAGAGUUCCCCUUUUUAUUUAUAUUCACUGAUACUUUGUUUUCCAAAGCUUUCAUAGCAUUAUAUAAUCAGGUGAAAAAAUCCGAGUAGAAUGAAAAUGUUGUAUUAUUUUAGCCUAUCUUGUGUGUUUUCUGUCAGAGGAAAAAAAAUUCUCAAAUAGUAGCCCUAAAAACAGAUUUUUACAGUAAAAUAAAAGUUUCAUUCCACCUGGUGGAAGGAAGGAAUAAAGAGAGACUGUAAUGAUUUGAGGACAAAGUAUGUAAAAUGGUCUCACAUUAACAUGUCAUUGUAUUUAAAGUUCACAGCUUUACUGGAUUUACUGAAAGGUGGUAGGCUUGAACUCUAGGCUUUUAUUUUGAAUAUUUUUUAAUGUUGAUGAGCACUGACUCUUUGGUUUGUUUCUUUUGGGGAGAGAGAAUGGAAGAUUCAACUAGAUAAAGCUGCUGAUUAUGACUUUAGUAGCACUUCACACUCCAAGGUACCUUUUUUUAUUUCACAGGUACCUUUUCACAAAGUAUUACAAAUAAAAUUGAUUAUCCCAUUUUGGGAAUGCAAGUUUGCUACAUUUUUAGCCUGACAAUACCUGUGUAAGUAUUGUCUUAUUGGAAAUCCUGGAAACUUCUGAUAUUUCAACCUGAAAUGUAGGAUGUUUAUAUGGCAUUUAAAGGUAACAGUGAUGUUUGUUACUCUCUACUUUGCACUUUGUCAGAGUAAAUUUCACCCUGUUUUAAGUGUGAGUAACCCUCUUUUUAAAAUUAUGUUCUUGCCAGUAAAUUUAUAAAUGACAUACAAAGACAUCUGUUGUUAACUUUAUGAGGUAACUAGCUCUCUGUUCCUCUCGACUCACUUUGAAAAUAUGCAGAAUACUGUGUACUGUUUACACAGUGGAUGGUUUAUGAGAAAAGUGAAGAGUAGCGCUUUCUUCCUUAAAAGUGAGUAUUGGGAUACCAUUGGCCUCAAAAAGAGGUGUUCCCCACUCUCCCCACCCCAUUGCUAGAUAAUAACUGAAAAGUAAAAUUGGGGGAAAAAAAUACUUAUAGCAAGGAGCUUAGAAUCUUAGGUGCAUCUUUGUGUAGACGUCCCGAGCCCCGCUGCACCACACGGUUCUCUUACGGUCUCGCGUUGUUUGCUCUUUUACUUAAAUUUUUCAAAUCAUUUAUGCAGCAAGGUGAGUGUUACUAUUGCAUGAGAUGCAUUUAUCUUGUUCCACAAAUUUUCCAGUACUGUACAAAAUUAACAAAAUAAUGCCUGUGGUAUCCUCUCACUGCUACACACUGUGAUCUUAGCACAGUCUAAUACUGCAAAGAUCUUCCAAGUGUUCUCCCCAACUCCUUGUCUUGGGCAACUGAAGUAUACUAUAAUUAGUUAUUUUAAUUUUAUCAUUGACUAGUCAUUGGCCUGUUUUAUUCUUUUUUUUUUUUUUUUUUUUCAGAAAAACCAUGUCCCAGUAUUAGAUUAUUACAAAUAAUUUAUCUAAAACCAGUGUAUGAUUCUGCCUUCCUUACUCUUUAUAUAGGCAAAUGAUCUCCUCCCCCUUUCUUUUUUACUUUUUGGGACAAAAAAAUCGAUUGAAGCAAUUCUCAUGAGGUGUUCUGUUAGUGUGGCAGACAUCUGAUUUCUCAAACCUGUUCUCCUUGAGCCAGCCAUUGGGGAAGAAUAGGAUAAUACAAACACCUUUUCUCAUCUUAAAAUAGUUUUAUUCUAAGUAAGUUUUUCUGGUUUUUUAUUUGUAGAGUCAGCUAAGUACCCAUUUGUAUUUAAAUGCUGUCUUUUUUUUUAAAGGGUUUGUUUGUAAAUAAGGUAACUGGGCAAUCAAACACCUUUUGGGGGACCUGGCUUUAGUAUUUUAUCAGCCAUUUCAAAAUUAAAUGCAAAAAUAAAUUCUUUGUAGGAAACUUGCAUCCUGAUUUUUCUUUCUUUACAGUUUAAAGUGUAAAUAAUAAGACAGUGUAAGACCUAAUGUCUAAAAUAAACUGGGCUAUAGCAAGUUGCCCUAUUUUUAUUAGGUUUUGAAGGUUUUUGUGGGUUUGUUUUUUUUUUUUAAUGUAAGUAGAGUGGUGUCUGUGUAAGUGUUAACUGUAGUGGGAUUUUGUCCAGCAAGCCUGAAAUUUAUACUUUGAAAUAAACUACUGGGUUUUUAACAUUCUGAGUAUCUGAGUCAUUCUAAUGCUGAUUCUUCUCAGUCCUUGUGUUGUUUUUUUAGAUCUCUCUCUCUCACCUUGUUAAAAAUCGCCUGUUAAACUGUACAGUAUGCUUUACUUAACCAGCUUGGCAAUACCAUGGCUCUCAAGCCACAUAGUUAUUCAACAGUGAAAGAAUAGUUGCUCUGUAGAGUUGCUCCCAGAUUAGACAGUGCUUUGAACUAGUGGGAGAUGACAUUCAGGUGUGCUAGGUUGCCUGCCUUGCCUGCACCACAAAAAGACAAGCGAUGCUCGUCAAGGACCAGAAAAAUCACUGACUGUAUUUCUGUCAGUUGUUGCUUUGAAAAUGCUGCCCACCACCCUCUCAGGCCGUGUCAUUAAGUAUAUCCAGCCAAGGGGGAAAGAAAGAACAUGGAGUAGUCCAGGUUCUUAGUGGCCGGGCCCGAAGUGCCUCUCAUCUCAGGUUCCAUAGGCAUGCGCUCUUGUCACGUGGCACAACUACCUAAGGGAACCUGGGAGACGUGGCAGUACAAUCAGACAUGAAAGGAGAAUAUGGAUUUUGGUGAAUGAGGAAGCAGUUUCUGCCCUGCCCGUAAAAGCUUGUCUGCUGAGGCUUGGUAUUGUUGUCAUAUGUGAUGUUUCUGUUAUUUAUUUAUUUUUUCAUAUUAAUCAUUUUUAAUUUUUUUGUUCACUUCUGGUUAUUUUUUAAAUU